AUGGCAGUCGGGGAGAACGUGGCGUUCCAACUCAUCAACUACCCAUCUCAACCACCGCAAGCAAUCAGCUGGGAAUUUAGAGGACACAGGGAGGUUACAAUCUUCCUUUCAAUUGGUCAUGUAGAGCUGCCACAUAGUGAGUACGCUGCUAGAAUCUCUGUGAACAAAGCCACAGCUUCACUGGAGCUCAGGAACCUGACUCUCAAUGACACUGGGGAGUACACUCUGAGCAUCACCAUUAGUGGUGUACAACAACGGGGGACAACAUCACUAGGAGUGUUCGAGAAAAUAUCUACGUCUCCCAUCAUAAGCACUGGGGGCACCCUCAUAACUGGCAAGAGCUCUGUCAACUUGACCUGUGAUGCUCAAGGCACCAUCAUCACCAGAGAGUGGACCAAGGAUGGAAAACCUCUGUCUCCUAGCAACAGCACCACCUUCCUUGAGGAGAACAGAACACUGUCCAUCAAUCCAGUAGAAAAGGGGGACAAUGGACAGUACACCUGCACAGUCAGCAAUCCGAUCGGCUCUGUUAGUGAGAAUUACAACCUUGUGGUCAAUUAUGGGCCCCUGAGCGUCCACAUCGGUCCGUCCCAUGAGGCAACAUCUGGGAAUAGAGUGUCUCUUGACUGCUCUGCUGACUCUGUUCCAACUGCCAGUUUUACCUGGAUGUUCAACAAGACUAAAAUAGGAGACAAGUCACAGCUAGUCAUUGAGAGAGUCGACCAGAGCCAUGCUGGGAUGUACACCUGCACAGCUUGGAACAGCAUCACUGCUCUCGGGUUAUCAGGAGAGCAUAUGCUGAGAGUAAAUGGUAUGUCGGUAACCGAUUACAUUGCUAGAGAAUCAUAA